AUGGCGGACAGAUUCGGACGCAGGCCGGUGAUAUUUGCGUCGGUGAUCGUGGUGCUAGCCGCCGACAUCACGACUGCGGUAACCAGUUCCUUGGUAGCCUUCUUUGCGGCCCGUAUGUUCGCCGGUGCCUCGUGCAACGCGCUCGCGCUAGUCUUCUUGGUGAUGUUGUUCGAGGUGUCCGGCAGUGAAAUACGACAGGAGCUCGCCUGGGCCGCAUUUCUGCCACCGAUUCUGACGUCGCUGUUGCCGACGCUCGCCGCUGGCGCCAUGCUCGACCGCCGCGUGUUGUCCUUCAUCAUGCUCGCCGUGGCUUCGCUGCUGAUCCCUUCGUGCUACUUCGUCGAGGAGUCCGCGCAGUGGCGGCGCGCCGUGGGCAGUAAUGUUGAGCGCCACAGGUUCGCCACAUCGCGCGUCACCAGCAUUGAGCCGAACGCAUCGACGAGUCAUCGCAGGCACAGACGCGGUCGGGCAAAAAGGCGGCGAGCGCGGGCGUUCACUGCAGUCGACCUAUUGGCUCAGGAAGCGCUGAGGCCGCGAACGCUGACGCUUUCAUUCCUGUUCCUCAUCCUGUUCGCCGGUCUGUACGUGACGUUCUCCGGCACUGCGUCUGGUCUACCAUCGCGGUCCGAAACCACCCUGGCUGGCUCGUACAGACUGCUGCUGGAACUCGUCGCUCGUUCGCUAAGCGUACUCGUUUCCGACUGGCUUUUGCGGAUGCCGACCCGCCGCGAGGAACUGGUGCUAGCAUUUUGCACGAUUCUGGUGGCUGGAUGGGCGAAGCACGUCGCCAAGCGCAUCGCCUCGCGCGGCGACCCCGGCGACCCGCCGCUCGUAGUCAUUGUGAUGGGCGAGCUGCUGCUCGACGCCAUUUUGGUCGCUCUCGUGUUGGUCUUCGCCUGCACCUUGGAGGCCUAUCGCACGGAAGUGCGCGCCACAGGUCUGUGCGCGGUGUACUUCUCCGGAGGCAUCGGAGCCACCCUUUCCCCCAUGUUGGCGGACUUGGAGCCGCAGUCCCUACUGCUGGUCGGCGGCACCGUUGCCAUGCUGGCCGCCAUUUCUGCCACUCGCCACCUUCCACCUUUGGCCGACUACGAACUCUUUCUGGCACAGAUUCAGGCUCACGAAUCUGAGCGCUGGAGCGUUUCUUCAGUGCGCUCCUCAGUGACGUCCAAAAAUGAUCAACUCAAUGACCAGCAUCAUAUAUUCCCAUAA